CAUAGCUCAUACACCAUAAAAUGACAGUCACUUAAAUUUGAAAUCAAGAAUCGCUCUGGUCACUGUGGAUAAGUUGUCUUAAGUGUCACCGUCAGAGUAUCUAAAUCGUUGAACUCUCAAAAUCGCAUUGAAAAUUAAUUGACCAAGUCAGAAACCUGGAAAAGUAAUAAACAUUUUUAGAUAAAUAUUUGUGUGCUAAAAAUGAAAUUAUCUGUAAGAGUUCGAGACGAAUGGUUUGCAGUACCCGUCAAACCGACGGACAAGAUAAGAGGCUUCGGCGAUGAGGCGCUACGCCGCUUCUAUCGGAACAAGAACUUGGAGAACGACGACCAGAAGGAGAAGGUGUUCGAGGUGCGGAAGGCCAAGGGCGGCGCCAUCCUGGAUCCCAGUGACUCCAUACGCGACAUCCUGGAUGACAAUGAUUUCGUUAUCGUCGUCUUGGAAAGUGACAUGUCCAAUCCAGUGACCGGACCUGCAGAGCCAGUUUACAUGGAAGAGAAAAUUCCAUUGUCGAGUACAACGAAAGCAACUGAGUACCUGUCUCUGGAUGGUAACAGUCUGUCAAUAGAUGACCUUGUCCGGCUGGGAAAGGGACAUUAUCUUCUGAAGCUAACACCGGAAGCUGAGCAGGCGGUGAAUAAGGCGCGCGCACUUUUAGAGGAAAUUCUCAGUCAGAACAAAGUGGUAUAUGGAAUAUCCACGGGAUUCGGCAAAUUUGCCCGGACAGUUAUAAGCAAGGAUAAACUUGUGGAGCUGCAAGAAAACUUAAUUCGCUCUCAUGCAGCCGGUGUUGGUCCUCCGCUAUCACCAGAAAGGACCCGGAUGCUGCUGGCUCUGAGAAUCAACGUUCUGGCGAAAGGAUACAGUGGAAUAUCCAUGGAAACCCUGAAAAAGUACAUUGCCGCUUUUAAUGCUUCGUGCCUGCCCUGGGUGCCCGAAAAGGGAACGGUAGGGGCCAGCGGAGACCUGGCCCCGCUUUCGCAUCUCGCGCUAGGCAUGAUGGGAGAGGGAAAGAUGUGGAGUCCCAAAAGCGGCUGGGCCGAUGCCAAAUACGUUUUGGAAUUCAACAAUCUGGAACCGAUCAAGCUUGGACCGAAAGAGGGCCUUGCUUUGAUCAACGGUACACAACUCAUAACCUCCCUUGGAGCGGAAGCUGUGGAGCGUGCGGGCGCCAUCUGUCGCCAAGCGGAUGUGAUAGCGGCGCUGUCGCUGGAAGUGCUUAAGGGGACGACCCGUGCAUUCGACAGCAACAUCCACAAUGUUCGGCCGCAUCCGGGUCAAAUCCGCGUUGCCAGGCGACUAAGAGGACUCUUGCAUUCGGAGACCCAUCCGUCUGAAAUAGCCGAAAGUCAUCGUUUCUGUGACCGGGUGCAGGAUGCAUACACUCUUCGCUGCGCACCACAGGUUCACGGCAUUUCGAACGACACGGUCGACUUCGUGCGCGGAGUGAUCACCACGGAGAUUAACAGUGCCACGGACAACCCUAUGGUCUUUGCCGAGCAUGGGGAAAUAAUCUCAGGUGGUAAUUUCCAUGGAGAGUAUCCCGCAAAAGUCUUAGACUAUCUUGCGAUUGGUGUUCACGAGCUUGCGAACAUUAGCGAGAGGAGGACAGAGCGUCUGGUCAAUCCAGCUUACAGCGAGCUUCCUGCCUUUCUCACACCUGAUGGUGGCCUCAACUCUGGCUUCAUGAUUGCCCACUGCACGGCUGCCGCGCUGGUUUCGGAAAACAAGGUGCUCUGUCAUCCGGCCUCGGUGGAUUCCUUGACAACAAGCGCCGGAACCGAGGAUCACGUGUCAAUGGGCGGUUUCUCCGCGAGGAAGGCGUUGACUGUCGUGGAGCACGUGGAGCAAGUACUCGCUAUCGAGCUGCUGUGCGCCUGUCAAGCGAUCGAGUUUCUUCGGCCCCUGAAAACUACAGCACCAUUAGAGGCCGUGUAUAAACUUGUUAGAAGUGUUGUUGGUCCGUGGGUAAAGGACCGCUACAUGUCACCAGACAUUGACGCAGUCUGGAAACUUUUGCAAGAGGAAAAGGUCUGGCAGGUGUCGAAGCAGUAUAUUGACAAUUACCACGCCGUUCAGGACGUGGAGACGCGCGUAAUGUCUCCCACCACCACCAUGAAUGCGGAUGGGCCUGUCCAGAAACGCCGCAGAGUGGUGUCCGAGCGUAAAAACAAGUCUUAAGAGAAUCGUGAUACCGAUGGCUUACGAUGAUUUUGAACAUGAACAUGUGUAUAAUAAUAUGAAUGUGACGGUUUUUUGGCAAAAUAACUACCAUGUGUAUUAUUAUGCUCUCUUUUUUCAGUCGUUUGCUGACAUGUUUUUAAAUAUUUGUGUCUUCAAGUUGUUUUACGGCGGUUAUAAUCAAUUAUGUUCAAAUGAUAUAAUAAUGUACAUGCUUCGUAUAAAAUAAAUGGUUUUCGUUC